AUGAUAGAGGAAACUGCCACAAAAGACAUUGAACAGAAAAAUAGGCAAAAACAUAAAAAAUAUUUCAGGGGGUUCAAGAACGGAAUUAUAUAUUGGGAUGACGAAGAUAGGAAGAAUAGCAAGGAAAAGGGCGGGGUACUACCUAGUGGAAUAUAUGACAGAGAUACGCUCAUAAACUACUGUUGCAGAUCUGAUGGAUCAGACAGAACUAAGAUUGUCCUUCCAACAUAUAGAACAUUCUAUUUGUUACGCUACUUCACUUCAACACUGUGCCAACUUGUUAAAGGGAUGGAUGUUAGAAUAGAAUUUGUCAAAACAAAUGACGAGGACCAUUACAACAAAAACUAUAACAGUGGAAGUCACCCUGCUAAUGGUGGAAACAGCAACAUCAAGCUCUACUACUGCUAUUAUGAAUGA